AUGGGUCUCAUCGACAAGCUACAAUCUAAACUCGAACUCUACCGUCUCGAGCAAAAGUAUGCCCGUCGCAAGAACCGUACGACCUUUACCACCGGCGCACAAUAUGUGGAUGGAGAAUACAUCUACAACAGUGGCCCUGACUCCAUGAGAAGCCCUACCAUGUCGACCAACUCGACCGGACAAUCCAACCGGUCGAACAAAAGAAACACGGCGAUGUGGAUACCACCUGAGCAGCGCAGGUGA